AACCGAUAUUCUUCACAUUUUUAAUAAUUAGGAUAACACGCGACCUACUAGAAGUAAAAUAAAAUAUUUUAUUUUGUUUUAUUAUUUAAUUCAUACAUCUUUAAUGCAAAAAGAAUGAAUUAGUGCUGAGAAUACAACUGAAAUCUCGUAAUUUAUCACAUACACUCAGUUACAUACCCAUGUUAAUUGCAUUGACGUCAGUCACUGAGCUUGUGCAUCUAAACCAAAUGUCUGCUACAAACGUUUCAUAAAUGUACACUGUUCACCUGGUGUGUACUGAAGUGUACAACUCCUGUAUUUCGAAUUUUAUCUUAUCUUGUAUUUUCUAGAAAAUCUCAAGAAGAUAUGGGCAUUUCCUUAUGUUUAGCGAUAUGGAUUGCACUGAUUAAUGUAUCACCUAUACAAUCCACUACAUCACUUAAUCAACGAGUUCGCGUCAACUUGGCACUGUGUAUUACACAAGAAGCCGGAAAAGCUGCAAACGAGACAUUGGAAUAUUAUUGUAAAAAAAAUGUAUCGUUGCCCACUAUAAACUGCCGUCACUUUACUAAAUCUAUGUCAAAUAAAUGGAACGCAAUAUUUCCGAAAUUGUACUUUUACGCAGAUAAUUUGACUAAAACUUUCACACUCCGGUCGGCUGUGAUGUCAUUGUAUAAACCACUCAGUAUAUAUUCUGUACUGCUCAAGAAUUAUAAGCAAAGAGAAUAUGAAGUUCUGUGUGCUCAUGCUUUGUGUUUUGAAAAACCCUGUCCUUAUCCAGAGGCGUGUUCUAAAGAAACUCCACCAUCAGAUGGUAUGCACUACUGCCACUUAAGAAAGGCCAGUGAUUGCUUGACUGAGCUGGUUAAUCAAUUGUCGGUACAGAUUACCUCCAAAGGUGACCCAGAGGAGACACUAAUUCUAGAUGAGGCACUAGAUAUAGAUGAGACACUCCUGAUCCCGAGGUUUACUUCAGGAGUUCAUCGCCAGUUGUAUAUCAUGGCCACAAUGCAAAAGCUUGUAGCAGAUUUGAGCAACACUGAAUACUUACUGGAGUUUAUACUUUCGUAACCUGAAUGUAUUUUAGCACAUAUUUUGGCACGCACGCAUGCGCGCGCGCGCACACACACACACACACACACACACACACACACACACACACACACAGACUCACACACAGACUCACACACACUCACACACACACACAUCAUUUAAUAUACACAGUAUUUAAAAGAACUACUGAUAGUUUCGUGCUUUAGAGAUACGAUAUAUUAGCGGAAUUAUAUAACAUGGCACCUAUCUCCAAGCAAUCUUUCAGGCCAAGUGCAUAUCGUUAGAUGUUUUUAAAAACCAGGACGUUGGUCUAUGAGAAAACAUGAGAAAUGGAGGACACUAAAUGCUCCGCAUUGAGUAGCUAUCCCCAAAACUGACCUCCUUUUUGAUAUACUAUUCCACACUUGCUAGAUUAAUUAUGGUUUCUACUGACAUAGAAGACAAAGAGUUUGGUAGUCCUACUUUUCUUUUCCUUCUUCUUGUUCCACUUUUUGCAUCAACCUUGUUCGCGUGUUUCUUUCUUUCUUUCUUUCUUUCUUUCUUUCGUUUUUCUCAUAGACCAGCGUCCUGGUUUUUAGAUACAUCUAACGAUAUGCACUGAGUAUGAAAGAUUGCUUGGAGGUUCAUGGCAGGUUAUAUAAAUCUGCCAAUCUAUUGUAUCUCUAAAGCAUAAAACUAUUAGUAGUUUUUUUCUAAAUACUGUGUUUAUUAAAUGAUAUUUAUCUCUCACUGGAUGGAAUACAUUUUACUCAUCUUACCGAUGUAUAUAUGUAUAUGUGUUUUAUAUAUAUGUAUGGGAGUAAAAUCUAUGCAUGUAUACACACACACACACACACACACACACACACACACACACACACACACACAUAUAUAUAUAUACCGUAAAAUCCCAUGCUAUUUACGCACUUUUUUCACAAAAAUAAAAAUAAACUUUAGGGGUGCGUAAAUUACAUGAAUUUUUUAAUUUUUUUUUUUUUAAAGACUCACAAAACGAAAUCAUUCGUACUAGAAGUUGACUUAUUUAAUGUCAGAAUAGGCUUUUAUAGAAAAAAUAGCGGCUUAAAUAUAAUAAAGUUGACUUUUAUUUAUACUGGACAGUAUAAUGAUUAUUUUUUCUGUAUAAAUUUACUAAAACCAUUAAAUGGUUGACUACUUUUUAAAGUCUGACGUUCAUGCUGAUAAUCACGGUCCGAGCCAUAUUUCACAUAUUUUACUAGGUUGAGUAAAGUGUCAUCCAAAUUGAUGUUUAUUGGUAAUUAAACUUAAUUUGCAACAACUGUG